CGUGUUGUGUUGUGUAGUAGAGUAUUUACUUGCUAAAUUAUGCGUUAACUCUCGUUUCAUGUAACAUGCUUUAUAAAUUAUAGCAAGCUAAACGGCUGUUGCCUACCGGAAUCAAUAUUCAAUUGCUAGUGCAUCAAAUGUUGAUUCAGCACAAUGUACUUUCCAAUAGGAUGGCCCAAAGUUCUGAAAAAUCCUACAGCAGAUCAUCAAAUCAUUCAGAUUGUUUCAAACAGAGAUAAAAUAUUGUUCGCUUCGCUUAGCGAGGACUGUUUAAUGGUAUGGUUUUGUAAGCCAAGUGUACCUAUUGUGCAUCACAAGCGUAGCACUGAAUCCUUGCAGCGCCUUGGGGUUAAUGUUGGAGUGGAAUGGAAGCCAGACUCUUCAAUGAUAUGCAUUUCGACAUCAGAAGGACAUUUGAUUCUGUAUAAUGUGGAAGUAGUGAGUGACCAGACUGCAUACCAGCAGUAUGACCCUCCUACUGCUAGCCUGCGGAGAGACUCCGCUGAAUUGUUUGUGAAAGAAGUCAUACCUUCUCUGAAGAUAACAUUGUUUAAAGAAGUACUAGUAUGGGAUGGUCAGAUCACGCGUAUGUGCUGUAUAUCAGGCACAGAAAUCUUGGUGUGCACAACUAGAGCACACUUGCUCCGGUACCGGUGGGACGGCUCGCAGAAUCGCGACUACUGCCUCGACCUUGGAAGGAUACCCUUCUCUAUCAACCAACAAGUCUCUAAAGCGGAGCCCAUCCUAGAAGACAACACGCACGUGAACGACAUCGAGUACUCGCCUCUAGUGUGCGGGUUCGGAAUAACCCUUAACGACGGGCGCGCGGCCUACCUCACUGCGCCCAACCUCAAAUUUGAUCCUAAUGCGGUCCAGGGCAUCUGGGCACCGGCCAUAGAUGACGCGACGUGCGUCCGCGUCAACCAUAAAUUUAGACUUAUCGCCAUUGGUAGAAAGAAUUCACAAGUGGACGUGUAUACGAUCGACGAGGCGACAGGAGGUUUAGAGCUUUCUCACACAAUGGUGCUAAGUUCCAAAGAUUUCCCGGGUGACCCUGGACCCGUUAAAUGUAUAAGGUGGACGGCUGACGGUCGAGCAGCAGCUGUCAGUUGGGAGAAGGGUGGAAUCUCAGUAUGGAGUACUUUUGGAGCGUUGCUCAUGUGCUCUUUGGCGUGGGACUACGGCCUCAACCAGGAUUUAAGCAAACACAACCCACUCUGCGUGUCUAGUAUGGAAUGGGCUACAGAAGGUUAUCAGCUGUGGAUGGUGAAGGUGGAAGCCGACUCGAAUACGAAUCUGAUACAGCUGGACUUUAUCAAGAGUCCACUCAGUGUUAACCCUUGUAUGAGCAACCAACAGCACCUUUACCUGCAAGCGGACGACAAACUCUACGUCAAUCUAGAAGACAACCUGACGAAGCGGACAAAGAUGUCCAUCAUAGACUCCUCCGCCGAGACUUAUCAGGAGACCGGACUCGACCAGCCGAGUCCCGAGUAUGACACCAGCGCUAAAUACAGAGAAUACGUGGAUGACAAUGAGUGCAGAAAGCAGUGGAUUGUCCUGCCCCUGCCUGCUACGUAUAUCGCAACAAAUUGGCCACUGAGAUAUAGCGCCAUAGACGAGACCGGAGUGAACGUGUGCGUGGCAGGUCGCGCCGGCCUCGCGCACUACAGCUGCGCCGCGCGCCGCUGGAAGCUGUUCGGCAACGAGUCGCAGGAGAAGGAGUUCACCGUCACCGGCGGCAUGCUGUGGUGGCGCGACUACAUCGUCAUAGGCUGCUACAGUAUCGUGGACGGUCACGACGAGAUCCGCUUUUACCCGCGCGACUCCAAGCUGGACAACCGGUUCGCGAAGAUCGUUCGAGUGCAUUCUCAGGUUUUCGUGUUGGACGCGCUGGAUGAUCAGCUGGUCGUGUUCGGAGCGGACGCGCUCGUCACCAUUUACGAGCUGAGCUGUACUGACAAUACCGGUAGCAUCGAGAUGCGAUGCGUGCAGGCCGUGGACGUGUCCGCGCUGUCGCACCCGGCGUGCGUGGUGUCGGCGUCGCUGUGCCGUCUGCAGGACUGCCAGCGCCAGCCCGCCGUGCAGCAGCCCGACUCUCUGGUACUGAAUGCAAGCGGUCGUCUCAUGAUGGUCCAGAGGGAAGAAUACGACGUGGAUGAAGGCAACAACCCGGCAUACAGCUGCCUGCCAGCGACCGUGCUCGCGUCAUGCGUCGAGAGCGUCUGGUCCUGCGGCGGCGGCGGCAGGGCUCAGACACAACUGUCCCGAGCACUUUGGCUGUGGUGCGGCGCCCUCGGCGCGCGAGUGUGGCUGCCCUUAUUACCACGGGACGCGUCAAGACACCCCGACUCGUCGCGACACACGUUCAUGGCUAAACGGAUCAUGCUGCCCUUCCAUCUCAACAUAUAUCCACUAACGAUACUAUUUGACGACGCGAUCCUCCUAGGAGCCGAGAACGACACGACACUCUACACGUCGGAUUCCAACUCCGUGUUCUCACUGCCAUUCUGCGUCGUCAACAGAACCAGCCAAGUGUACCUGCAUCAGAUAUUGCGGCAGCUACUGCGGAGGAAUCUCGGCUACCACGCGUGGGAGAUCGCGCGCUCCUGUGCCCAACUACCUUAUUUUCCCCAUUCUUUGGAGUUACUGCUGCACGAGGUGCUGGAAGAAGAGGCGACAAGCAAGGAGCCGAUACCGGACGCACAACUUCCCAGUAUCAUUGAGUUCGUUCACGAGUUCCCAGUUUACUUACAGACUGUAGUCCAAUGCGCGAGGAAGACGGAAAUAGCGCUAUGGGCUUACCUGUUUUCUGCGGCAGGGAAACCGAAGGAACUGUUCCAAGAAUGCUUGCAACGGAAGAUGCUAGAUACAGCUGCGUCGUACCUCAUUAUAUUACAAAAUUUGGAGAGUUCAGCAGUCAGCAGACACCUGGCCACGCAGCUGCUGGACACGGCGCUGCAGCACGAACGCUGGGACCUGGCGAGGGACCUAGUGCGCUUCCUCAGGGCCAUAGAUCCAAAUGACGUGGACUCGCCGCGCAACUCGGUGAACGUGCAGGCCAAGUACGGGCAGAUCGUGCAGUCGCAGACCGUCACGCCCAACGCGGAGGACCUCUCCGUCAUACUGGGCAGCAUGCAGCUGGCCGGUGGACGCGGUCGCAGUUUCAGCACAACGACGACGCCGCGCGCUGAAGCGGAGGCGCCCGCGCCGCCCGCGCCCGCAGCGCCCGCUCCCCCCGCGCGGGCCACCGCCGCUGUUAAGAGGAAGAAAUCCGUGCCUACCAGGAGUGACAAAGAAAGCUACAGCGGAACAGCGGAAGAAUUCUUCAUCGACAUGAUGAUCCAGCGACACGCCCGCCUGCUCCUAUCCACCGCGCGUCUCCACGCUUUGGGCAAAAUGGCGGCCGCGCUAGACUUACACCUAGUGGCGUGGCUCGCGGGAGAGAGGGAGAGGGCGGCUAGAGUGGAUAGUGCUGUCUUGUGCUUGCGUCGGUUGCAUGAAGACUUCGCGUGGCCGUAUCCGGUGUUGCAAGACGCUGAUGAGUACAUGCAGCGGAAAGGAAGUACUGUCACCAGUUCAUACACGCCAUCUGCAGACUCGGACAGUCUAUGUGGCGACAGCGGCUACAUGAGUUUACCAAUGCACGCGGCUCUGCCCGCCGGCGGGGUGCCUGUCAGCCCCGGCCCUGUGAGUUCCGCGGGAGAAGGCAGCGUGGCGGAGGGAGGCGCAGUCUCAUGGGGAGAGCACGGCGAGGAGCGGCGCUACGCCGCGCUCAUGGAGCGGCUGCACCACAGCCAGGUCGAGCAAGGGAGUCACACGGCGCAUGUGCAACUGAGAUACUUCCUCCAACUGAUGACCGAAGCGAGCUGCGUAGAAUGGGCGCUAGUAAUAGCCGUAGCGCUCCGCGACGCGCUCGCGGUGCUGCGGACGUGCAACGCGGCGCGGACACCGGACGUCAACAUAGCGGCCGUCAAGCGGCUCAAGACCGCGCUGCAGCACAUAUACGCGUGGAGCGACAACGAGUGCCUGGGCUACAAACCGUUUAUGGUAGCGAUCAGCAACCAGAUCCCCUUCCUGACCUCCAUCAUCAACACCCGAGAACGCCGCAUGUCCAUGGUCAAGACCCGCGUUCGGACCGCCAGCACCGGCUCGCUACAAGAACAGAAACCCAAGCCCCCUCCUGAGCCGAAACCUCUACAAAAAGCCCAGGAAAUCAAACAAAGUGUAAGAAAGGAAUCUCCCAGUUCGCGGGUAUCUGUCCCAGAUGUGGUGGCUAGUGUGAGGGCUAAUGUAACCGUGCCUACUCCGCCGCCGCCGCCUGAGGAACCGCCUUCAAAUUGCGUGCUCAUGUAAACGCGGUAAUGUGAGUGAACGUUUUGAUAUGCAACUUUGACUAAUGGUAAAUUGUUACGGGAGUGAGCGAAAAUGAGUUCCAAAGUCUGCUGAACCGACGUAUGUGGCACUCGUUGAAAAACAGUGUUGCAACAGAAAGAAAACAACGAGUAUAUGCCGAAGUAGUUGAUACGCAGUUCGACCUUAUUAGGGAAAGUUAUGGUCGAGGUUUGCUUUCAUCGUUUCGUCAGUGGUCAGGCUCGGUUGUUCAUUUCGCUCAUAUUGAUUGAAUAAUACCCAAAGUAAACACAUUAUACGUGGCGCUAACAUAAUAUUUGGUACGUUCAGAUAUUCGUUAGCACUUUGUUCGCUGCGAUAAAACUGAGACGACUAGUCUGCUGUCUAGUUUAUUUGUGUCAUAGCAUAGAGUAUAUUUCAGACCGAUCACAUUUUACAACGUAAAAUUUCUAUAUUUGACUUGUCUACUGGAAAAUGAUGUUAGCACCAUUUAUAAUGUAUUUGUGAUAAGUUCCCUUGGUGAUGUGAGAUUGUCUGUGUUAUUUAUAAAAUAUAGUAGUUGAAUUGUGAAAUAGUUGAAUUUUUACGACGGUUUUAUACCAUUGCCAAAUUGUAUGUAACUCUUGAAAGAGGUCUUGAAAGUAAUUUGAUACAUCGGGGCAUGUUCGGAUACGUAUAUUGUUAUUACAAAAUGUUAAAAUAAAAUGUGAGUACUCUCAAUUGUCAAUAUUUGAACUCUAGGUGGUGAAGGAAACAGCCAUGUUUACUCAUUUCUAUUUACUACUUACUUGAAUCCUCACUUAAAACACAAGUUUGCGGUACGUUUUAAAGUAUUAUUUGGCACAGUCUUAUCCGAAACACCUGUUUUAUUGAUCUAUUGUUCCAUAUUCUUGUAAUAUUUUGUUUAAAAGCAUAGCAAUUAAUUGGUACGUAAGUUCCCUAACAUAAGUAUCCACUUUUCUAUAAAAUUAGUAUGGCGACGUGGAUACCUAAGUUGGGGCACCGGCCGUACAUCGUCUAUAAAGAGUAAAAAAUAUUAUAGGUGGUGAAUACGCGAUAUAGGCGAUUAAAAGUGUACAUGCGUUAGUUCCAGGAAUAAUCUUGUACAUCUUAGUGCAGGGGUCGGCAAGCCUUCGGCGGUCCUUUUGGACCUGCAAUUGCGUCUUUUCGGGACAACCAAACAAUUAACACUUAGAGAACUUAGUACGUAGACCAUUUAAAACAACUUUUGUUGUUUGGCAUUCCUAAAGCUGUGGUUGGCUUUUCUAUUCAAAAGUUUGCCAACCCCUGGGUAAGUGCAUUGACACUAGACGGUUAAAAUACUAAUAAGGUAAGCUCAUUAAAUAACUAAGGUCCAUCAGGCCAAUGCGGAAUAAUCCUGUCAAAUCAUUUGACAUGAUUUUAUUGUUUUACCUGUAAUGUACACGUUGAAAGAGUUUCAUAUAAUUUCAUAUGAAUUAUUCUAUGUACAUAUAAUUUAAUUAAUAAUAACAAUUAUUUUGUCCAUUUGGUGCUGUAUUGUCACAUAUUAUUCAAUAUCUCAAUACACUUUAAUUUAAUUAAUUAAUUUAUUACUAGUCUCGUAAUAAUGAUUAUUAUUCAAUAUAUUUAUUCAUAUCAUUUAAUACAAUUCAAUAAAUCGAAAUUAAUAGUGUUAAGUAGGUACUUAAAUUACGAUUAGGAAAAUAAUAAAAAAUAACAUUGAAUUUAAUCGGUCUUCCGUCUCGAUAAUGAAUACUGAAUGAAAUUCAAUAAAUUUUGAUUGCCUUCAAAUAUUACAUAAUGACAUUUUCAACUAUGUAAAGGCGCAUUCAGAUCUGCUGAAAGCGAAGCUUGCACGCGGUUCGCGAACCGCUCACGAACUGCACACGCGUUGCACGUUAUAUUACAAUAUGAUAAGCAAGCAAACAAUCCGCUAUGUUUUCGAAUAUCGUUCACGAAUUAGCAUCGCGUUUACCAGAUCUGGUGGCACCAUAAGAAAAUUACUGAGUUCAAAUCUUAAUUACAAAUAUUAUCUUACGAUAUGUAUCCAGCGGCGGUAUCAUGGUCAUGUUUUUAUCACCUGCCACGUCAUGCGUCACUUUCGCACUUACGUACUUUUUAGAACGGGACAGGCAUGGUGACAGGUGAUAAAGAGGCGACCAUCUUAGCCCCUACAGUCUUAAAUUGAUUUUUGUUAUUGAUUUCAUAAUAGACUAACCUUUAUGCAAAAUUUGAUAUCAAAUAGAAAUAAUAUAGCAUUAGUAGUACAUUUCCAUGUUAAAUUAAUCAUUAUAUAGAUAAGUUGCUCAUUAGUUUUCAUCGACAGUUAUUUACUUACUGAUAUUUGCUGUUGCUCAAUGGAAUAUAAAAAAAUCUCAUCAAAUGUUUAUUUUAGUUUAAGACGAAUAUUUAUUUUAACGUCCCACCAUCUUGGUGCCACUAUCUUUAAUAGGCUUUUAAAAUAUUGAGUUAAUAAUAUUGCAGUACAAAUUACUUGUUUUGAUUUACCUGUAUUAAAAAGGACUAAGGAGAAAGCUUGCGACGAAUAUGAACUUAUAUAUUUAGAUCAGUACGGUCUCACUCACUAUUAUUACCGCCGCGGACACUCGUGCCUGAGGAAGGAUUCCCAAAGAAUCCGAAACAUGUCGCAAAAAGCGACUAAAAAUAAUAGUGAGUGAAACCGUACUGAUCUAAAUAUUUUUUUAAAUAUGUCUCACGAUAGUUUAAGUACGAUGAACUUAUAUAAUCAUUCUAAUGUAUUGUUCAAUUGUCAACCUUAUCCUAAGUAAGGUUGGCAUUUCGAUGUGUAGUAAAAUACGUGCAGCUAUUGAAACUACUUUUGUAGUAACAGUAUUGUGAAGGCAAGCUUUCUUCUAUUUCGAUGAGUGGCAAAACUUGGGAAGCGCUAUUAUUAUAGUAUCAAUAAACGUGGUAUAAAUAUCGGCUCAAGUUUUACCUUUUUUGUUAGCGGUUUAAAUAGCGGUGUAAAGCCCUUUUUCACUUGGAUAACCGGCAUUACUUAUUGCUUCUUAGUUAUGCCAUUGAGACGCAUUACUUUUAACUUAUAAAGAUAAUUUUUAUUAUUUUUAAAUGUAAUCAUAAUGAUCAUUACUAAAUAUAAUCAUGUUUCCUUAGGUAGUACCGAAAUUGAAGUCAUUUAUUUGUUCAAAAUUCUAUUAUUAUUUAGUCAUAAAUGAUAAUUCAUUAUUUAUUUAUUUUAUUAAUGUGUUUAGGUGUAGAAAAUUCGAUAACAUUCCUUUUUUUGGUAGUGACAUAGAAAUACAUGUCAAGUCAAUUAUAUAAUUAUGGUGGCGACACACUCUGCUCUAUUUGCCGAAAUGUUGCAAUCCUUUCCCUAUUUCGAAAAUAUAUUUACGCAGUUAAUUCGCGCAGAUGCCAAAGCGAAGUGCGUUGCGGGCAGUAAAUGUAAUUCAAUGAUUUUACUAGGCAAUACACAAGAUUUAAGUUGCUAUUAACCUUAAGAUGGGUUAUACACGAUACAGGAAUAUUCCAACAGAUUGUCGCUUACAAAACGUUACUCUUUUCAAAAGCAGAAUUGGUUUUACAUUUUUUUUUUCAUAUACGCUGUGAAGUAAAUAUGAACAUACCGAAAUAGUACCGAAAAACUGCUUUCUGACGUUUUGAUAACAAAAAAGUAUUAAAAGUGACAUCUAGUGGAAUCUGCUCUAUUUAGAAAGCUACAAGUUGCAAAUGUAACGGCUUGAUUUUACAACAGGCGCUAAACCGAUGAUAGGAGAUCUUUUGACCAAUGUUGUAGAAUUGUAACUUGUAGAUUUAUAAAAUAGGACUAGGACCUAGGACCCUGCUCUGCUGGUCUGGUCAUACAUUAAUUUUUUUUUUACAAGGUAUUAUAUUAAUUAAGUAUUUUUUUGUGUACAAAUUUUUAUGUUACAAAUUCACUGAAUAGAACUACAUGUUUGAUGUUUUGAGCAUUACUUCUUGUGACGACAUAUAUAAAGCUAAUAUUUCACUAAUAUGCCAUCCCCUACUACUAACAUUUGUCAAUUUCUAUUGUAAGUGAAAAUUUAGUUCAAAAUUUGAUUAAUGACGCGCUUUUCUUAUGAUGAAACAUAUUUUAUGAAUGAAUCGUCCACUAUACAUUUCAUUAUUGCAUGAAUAUUUGUAAAAUAACAAGAAUCAUGGAAAUAAGUAGAUUCCAAAAUUUAACAAUUUAAAAGUGUAUUUCAAUUUCAACUAUGGACAUUGUCAUAAAGUAGAGCAAAAUUUCGCCGUUCUAGAAAGUAAUAGUUUACUUAAUUUUUAAAAUCCUUUCCAUGAUUUCUUGAUAUUCAAAAGCAAUAGUGAUCCAUUUGCUUGUAGAUGUAGGAUGUAACAAAGUUAUGCAAUAGAAUUUUAUAUGUGGUGUUUUGUAAGUAAUCAUUAUUUUUUGUAUAUAUUUCGCACUUAUUAGACGUACAAGGAAUAAAUCUACAUUUAUCCUAU